CGGAUGCGGAAGUAAACAAACCCCCGAGCGGCGCGUGGCUCGGCUCGUGUUUCUCUUAAUUAAACUGUUUUAUUUUUGGUUUUGAAGAUGAAAUAAAAGUGAAAAUCAUGCGGAUAAACGAGGACACGUUACUGCAGGGACACAGAGCGGUGCUCGUGCCGUAUACACCUGCGCACGUGCCCAGGUAUCACGAGUGGAUGCAGAGUGAGGAGCUGCAGAGACUCACGGCCUCGGAGCCUCUGAGUCUGGAGCAGGAGUACGACAUGUGCACGAGCUGGAGGCAGGACGCAGACAAGUGCACGUUCAUCGUGUUGGAGCGGGAGCAGUGGGACGCCGGCGCGCAGGAGGAGCAGUGCAUGAUGGGAGACGUCAACCUGUUUCUGACCGACCCCGGCGACCCGAGCCUGGCCGAGCUCGAGGUCAUGAUCGCAGAGCCCAGAUUCCGAGGGAAAGGCGUCGGGACAGAAGUGGUCUGCAUCAUGAUGAGCUACGGAAUCUCCAAACUCGGGAUUAAAAAGUUCCAGGUGAAAAUCGGUUUGGAAAAUCAGAUCAGCAUCAACAUGUUCAAGAAACUCCACUUCAGCGAGGUUUCCGUGUGUAAAGUGUUUCAGGAGGUCACUCUGGAGCUGCAGGUCGAGCCGGCGGUCCAGACCUGGAUCCAGGACCGGACUUCACACGUCCAGGAGCGGGACUACAGGGAGAGCUGCAAGAGGCGGAAACCGGAGCACGGACUGGACCAGGACUAAACCAGGACUGAACCAGGACUGAACCAGGACUGGACCAGGACUAAACCAGGACUGAACCAGGACUGAACCAGGACUAAACCAGGAUUAAACCAGGACUAAACCAGGACUGAACCAGGACUGAACCAGGACUAAACCAGGAUUAAACCAGGACUAAACCAGGACUGAACCAGGACUGCACCAGUUCUAAACCAGGAGAAAGGUUUUUCUGGGCUUUGGGCAGAUCUGUGUUUCAGUUUUAACAUGAUUUCAUUUCAAACCCGGGUUAAAGCUCCACUCUGUCACUUUUUAACCAUGUUUUUUUUUUUGCUCUGGAUAAACAUUCUGGUCAUCUGAAUGUUUCUGCUCGUAUCCAUGGAAACGUUGAUCUUUUGGCUGUAAUGUUUCACAGUGGCUUCUGUUUAUGAGUGUGGAGAAUGUGACACACCGGCUCCAGAAAGUUCCAUACUGUAACUUUAAAUACAACGGCCUUUAUUUAAAGAAAAGACAGAUGUUGGUUUAAACAAAAAUACAGAAAACAGUAAAGUGCUAAAAUAAAACAAAAAGAGGCAAACAGAAAUUUAAAUGGUAUAAAAUGAAAACAGUAAAAUUGUAUAAAAUAUCAAUGUUUUGUAAAUAAAAUAUUUAAAUAAAAAAUUA